AUGGCAGAAAUGAGGGAGUUCUCUCCAGAGUUAUUUGACUGGGUUAACAAUCAUUGGGAUGUAGAUAAGUGGGCUGUGAGCAAGUUCCCAUAUAAACGAUGGGAUAAUAUAACGACCAAUAUUGCUGAAUCAUUCAAUGCUUGGAUGGUCAAGGAAAGAAAGCACAAUGUAGCCCAAAUGAUUCAUGAGCAUCGUGAGAAAGUUGCGAAAAAGAUGCAAGCAUCAAGUGUGGCAAUGACAAAAUGGAAGAGUUGUAUAGGGCCAAAGAUAGAGACCAAAGUAAAGGAAAAUGUGGAGGUUAGUAAGCAGUUCAUUACAACAAAUUAUGGUAGGGGAAAUGUCAAUGUCCAAACCUCACGUGGACACCACCGAGUGAGUCUCAGCUUGCACUAUUGUAGUUGUGCAGAGUGGCAGAUGACAGGGAUUCCAUGUAGGCAUGCUUGUGCAGCGAUGAAAACUGUCCAUGGUGAUAUUUAUGAUUAUAUUGAGGGAUGGUACAAAUUUUCAUGUCAGCAGAAGAUUUAUGGGAGGUGCAUGACUCCGGUGGUCACAAUUGACAUGCCAAAUAUAAAUGACUAUAGGAUGGAGAAUAUAUGUAAUCAAAUUUUACUGCAACCCCCAAUCACAAGUCGGGAUCCUGAAAGGCCUAAGAUUACAAGGCAUGAGUCACAAUACCAAGACAAAAAGAUAUACCGCUAUACUCAAUAUCAUCAAGUUGGACAUACAAGAAGAACGUGCAAAAACCCAAAUCCAAGUUGA